AUGUCAUCAUCAGCUUCCAUGGCUCCAGAAUCAGACCCUUCUGCUGCAACUAUAUCUAAUAAUGACUUCAAGGGGUUUGAGAUCAAUCAGUUGGAAGGUGGCAGAAGGGGUCCCUGUGAUGAUCCUUUCACAAGAGAUGGAUCAGUGGAUCGGUAUGGGAAACCAGCUGUAAAACGAAGCACUGGUGGAUGGAGAUGCGGCACAUAUCUAUUAGCUAACCAAGGACUAAUCACACUAGCAUUUUCUGGAGUUGAAGUAAAUAUGGUUCUUUUUGCAAAAUCAGUACUGAGGCAGAGCAAUGCUGAGGCUGCAAACACAUUCAGCAGAUGGAUGGGAACUCUCGACUUCUUUUCUUUAAUGGGUGCUUUUCUCAGUGACUCAUAUUUGGGCAGAUACCUCACUUGUGUCACAUUUCAGAUCGUCCACAUCUUCGGGUUGAUGGCACUAUCCAUCUCUACAUACCUAUUUAUGCUAAAACCUCCUGAUUGUGGAAAAAUUGGCCAGUUAUGUGAACCUCAUAGACCAAUUGAGGUAGCAAUAUUCUACAUAUCAAUUUACCUUAUUGCACUAGGAAAUGGAGCUCCCGAACCAGCAUUGGCUACCUUCGGUGCAGACCAAUUUGAUGAGGAGGAUCUAGAAGAGAAGAAAUCCAAGACUUCAUUCUACAGCUAUUUUUAUGUGGCAUUAAAUAUCGGAUGCUUAUUUGGAGAGACGGUAUUAGUAUACAUAGAGAGCCUGGGGCAUUGGGUAAUGGCCUUUUGGACAUGUACUGCCUCUAGUAUAGCAGCAUUUGUAUUGUUUUUGAGUGGGAGCUUUCGGUACAGACAUUUCAAGGCUACUGGAAAUCCAAUAUCUAGAUUCUCCCAAGUGAUUGUAGCUUCGAUGAGGAAAACAAAUUAUGAUCUGCCCUCAGAUGGAGAGGGACUUUAUGAGACUAGUGGAAGGGAGGGUGAUCAGAUGAAUGGUACCAGAAGGAUACCUCAUUCAAAUGGCCUCAACGAAGGCCAAACUCCAAAUCCAUGGUAUCUUUGCACUGUCACACAGGUUGAAGAAGUGAAAUGCGUACUAAGGAUAUUGCCUAUAUGGCUGUGCACCAUCUUCUCUUCUGUGGUGUUCAUUCAAAUGCUGUCUCUUUUUGUUGAGCAAGGAGCUGCAAUGAACCGGAGGGUCUCAAAAACAUUUCAUAUCCCUCCAGCCAGCAUGACUGCUUUUGACAUUGUGAGCACCACCCUCUUCAUCGUAUUAUAUGACAAACUCGUUGUUCCUCUUUGCAUUAAGAUAACAAAAAGAGAACCAAAGCCUCCAAGUGAGCUGCAAAGAAUUGGUAUCGGCCUGGCAAUUGCGGUUUUAGCAUUGGUGAUUGCUGGCUUUGUUGAGAGGCUGAGGCUUAAACAUGCUAGCAUCACUGAAGAGACUAGUUCAUUGAGCAUUUUCUGGCAGACUCCACAGUAUGUGCUUGUCGGAGUCUCUGAAGCAUUUGUGUAUAUUGCAAAAAUGGAGUUUUUUACAUCACAGACUCCAGAUGGAUUGAAGAGCUUGGGGAUGGCGCUGUCCAUGUUUUCGUCAGCAAUCGGUAGUUACGUCGCGAGCAUGAUCUUAACAGUGGUGAUGAAGAUCACAACAAGGAAAGGGGAGCCCGGAUGGGUUCCUCCGAAUCUGAAUGAUGGUCAUUUGGACAGGUUUUUCUUCCUAUCAGCUGGUUUGACUGCACUCAACUUGGCAUUCUAUGUUGUAUGUGCGAAGAGGUAUAAGUUCAUAUCAUUAGGCAAGAGAGAAGAGGGUAUAAAUUGA